AUGUCAGCAAGUCUUGCACACGAACGGAAGGUCGCAAUCGACGCGGUGCUCCGCGCGUCGAAGCUUUGUCAAACGGUGUUCCACAAUCUGGUGUCGACGCAGGCGAUUAGCAAGCAGGAUAAGAGCCCUGUAACGAUCGCAGACUUUGGAGCACAAGCAGUGGUCAACUCCAUCCUUCACGCCGCGUUCCCAAACGAUCCUAUAGUCGGUGAGGAAGAUUCGGCGGAGCUCAAGAAGAACGAGGACGUCAAACGGAAGGUGGUGGAGUUAGCGAACUCGGUGGUAGAUCGGAAACUUUCUGAUGAAGAGGUCAUAACCGCGAUCGAUCUGGGCACGUACGCGGGAGGAGCCAAGGGGCGAUUCUGGACAUUAGAUCCGAUAGACGGCACAAAAGGUUUCCUGAGAGGCGAACAGUUCGCAGUGUGUCUGGCGUUGAUUGAGGAUGGUGACGUGAAGCUUGGGGUCAUGGGCAGCCCCAAUCUGCCCGUCGACUUGUCGAACCCCGAUGGAGAGCGCGGUUGUCUCUUCACGGCAGUGAAAGGCGAGGGUGCCUUCCAAAGCACAUUCACAUCACCAGAAGCCUUCACACGCAUCCACGUCUCCACAGCCAGCACUGCCUCCGCCACAACCUUUUGCGAGUCCGUCGAAGCUGCACACGCGUCGCACGGUGACGCUAUCGACAUUGCGAGGAAGCUGGGCAUCACGAAGCCGUCGACGCGGAUGGAUAGUCAGUGCAAGUAUGGCGUUAUUGCGAGAGGGGAUGCGGGGAUUUAUCUGAGGUUACCGGCCAAUAAGGAGUAUGUCGAGAAUAUCUGGGACCACGCCGGCGGCUCCCUCCUCGUACACGAAGCGGGCGGCAAAGUCUCCGACGCCCACGGCAAGCCGCUGGAUUUCUCACAAGGGCGUAAUCUGAUACGUAACAAGGGUGUUGUGGCGACGAACGGCAGGAUACAUGAUGAAGUAAUGGCCGUGGUCGGUGAAGUGCUGGGGGCGAAGAAGCAGUAA